AUGAGGCUGUCGCCCGGCUUUAAGGGCGCAGCGCCGGCCUGUACCGGCGCUGCUUUCUCGUUACUCCCAACUGUGCAUAGGUUUACCCUUAUAUAUGUGCACCAACAACGGAUCGACGUCUGUAACGAACUCUGGUGGACAGCGCACUGGGUUCCGGAAGUCAUCUGUUGGGGCGUCUUCGGGUUGCAGCCAAGUCUAGGCGCGCAGGCGCAUAGCAACGUCACUCUAGCCUGCUGAGCAACCACGUAUCACCGUCAGCUGAGCUGCCAAACGGACUAGUUAGGCGAGGAGACAGCCGCCGGCUCCGCAAGUCUCGGAUACCGGUUCUCGAGCGCGCUGCUCGGGCAGCCUGCGGAGGCGCCGGUCGGCCUAUCCUGCAGCCACCAAGUGGUGUGACCGGUGGCGGCGCCGUGCAAAGCCGGCAGAAUGACACGACAGUAGCCUGCCUGACACGGCCAGAGGGUGGCAUCGGGCACUUUGACCUGUUGGCCUUCGAGGCUGCCAUCAUGGGCACGGCCAUUGUGCAGCCCUUAAACAGCUCCUGUGGGACAGCCAUGCCAGCCGGGCAGCGAAGGUCAUGGUCUACCGGCUACAGCACGUCUACCUUCCCUUGUGGUUUGUACCGGAGUUCGGAGUUCGGCCCAACAGCAAGAAGCAGGCGCCGCGGGUGGUGCGCGCAACCAUCCGUGAGGAGCCGGCGGACCAGCGCGCGGGGCAGCAGCAUGGGGCGGUGGCGGCGGGCGGUCAGCUGCUGCUGGAGGGGCCGGAGGUGGCAGCGGUUGCUGGGGACAAGGACGGGAAGGAGGACGGCAGUGACGAGGUGGAGGAGGUGGUGGCCCCGGUGAAGCGCGAGGUAGAGCGCGCCCGUGCACGCAAGGGCCGGGCGCCCAGACCGGCCGCAGGCUCUGCCACAGCAGCCGAAGCAGCCGCAGGCAGCAGUGCCGGCGCUGGGCCAAGUGCUAGCUGGGCUAGCGGGACGCCAGGGCGCGGCGCCGGUAGCAUCCAGGGAGCUGGCACAAGUGCAGGUAGUCCAGGUCUGGCCGGGGCGGAUGCUGGCAGUGCGGCCGGGGUGGCAGGGGCUGCAGCGGUGCCGGGCGGCCACACUCACGCAGGGGUUGCGGGCGACGUAAUCAAGACUCGCACACGCGCGUGGUGGUAGGGCUGAGCCUAACGGAGCGGGAUGCGGAGCAGUUCCUGCAGGCGGUCGUCAUGUAAGCUGGGUAGGGCGCGGCCUUGUGCGUGUUUGGGACGAGGUCAGAACGGGUUGAUGUGUUUGCUGGCGAGCGAGGGGACCAGCACCUGGAUUGGAAGGUUGCCCGCACACGGGUAUGGCGCACACGGGUAUGACGCCGGUCUGGAGUGGGGCAAAAUCAUGUCCACACAUGUUGCUCCGCGGGACUGUGUGUGAGUUUGGCGGAGGACCGCAGCCGCCGCCAGCCUCUGCUACUGCGCCCCCAUUGCUCCGGCACAGUCAGCCGGCGUCCCAUCAACGGCAACUUGUACGCUGCCUCUCCCUACGAAAUAUCU